GCUGAGGCCAACAUUCCUUCAGUUUGUAUUCGACUUUCGUAUUAUAAAGACAUACUUUCGAUAGAGUAAAAAAUAAAAUUUUCGGUUUCAACAAUUUUCUAGCCUUAUUUUUCAAGGCAUUUUUCUACUUCACACAAUUAACAUGAACUCUUCGGAAACCAUGGAUGAGAAAUCAAAAAUUAUAGCCCUAAGGGCGGUAAUGGAAGAAUCCUUGACCCCCGAAAACAGGCAUGUUACUCGCACAAGGAAGGUGGUAAAGAAUUCCGCCAGACCAAGCCUGGCGGAUAAGUACAAGCACGGCAUUGCCCAUCUGAAGGGAAGCUCUCUACCAAAGCACAAGUUUUUAAAGAACAAGGGAAAACAUGAUCCGCAGCAAGCCGAAGAAGUGUGGGCCAAUACACCGUGGUUCCAUGGAGCCCAAACCCAAAAAGCGGUUCCCCCAACCGAAGAUGCGAAGACCCUACAAGGAGCUCUUAACCAACCCGCGGUUCCCCAAACGCAACAGUCGUGGUUUCAAGGGUUCCUUAACCAACCCGCGGUACCCCCAACCCAAGACUGGGUACCGCAACCCCGACACUCGUGGUUCCAGGGGGCCCGUAAUCAACCCGAGGGUCCCCGAACCCUAGACUCGUGGUUCCAAACGGCCCAAACUCAAGAGGCGGUACCCCAAGCUCAAGUCCCGUGGUUCCAAGGGGCCCAUUCCGAAGGCGCGGCACCCACACCCCAAAACUCGUUGUUCCAAGUGGCCCAAAACCAACCCGACUCAUGGUUCCAAGGGCUCCCCAAACCCUAGAGUGGCUCCAAGGGGCCCAUUACCAACCAGAGGUUCCCGAAACCCAAGAUGCGUGGCUCCACGUAUGCCAUAACCAAUCCAUCCCUGAACCCUAGUCAAGUGAUCCAAGCCCAAUCCAAGGGGUCGUGAGAAUACUAAUGUUAUAAAUUAACUAAUGUGUAUAGUACAAAAUAGGGAUUUGAAGAAGACCCCAUGUGGAAAAUGUUGUUAUUUAAUAAACCAUAAUUAUUAAAUAACAACAUUUUCCACAUAGGGUCUUUUCCAAACCCCUAUUUUGUCCCCUUGAAAUACGCUGGGAAUCUGCUUACUGUAAAGGGUUUUCGUGUCCGACAGGCGACGUGUGGCUACCUCCGGCCGGUAGGGUCCAAGAAGGAGUUGCCCGUAUGGCCCCGUUGCGGACUUAGAGGGGCAGUCUCAAAAGGGUUUCCACUUUUUCCCAGGCCUGCCAACAACAAUCGGUUGGGAAUAUGUGAUCCAAAUAUAUUUAUAGCAUAGUAGGCUUCUGCUUUCAACUUCCAGCUGAUUUCGAACAUAGUAGGCAGUUGCUUUUAACUUCCUUCUGAAAUUCGGUCAUCAGUUCAUUCGUCUUCGCGCAGUCAAGUCGUCGUAAAUAUUUUUCAAACUCGAUUUUUUUUGUUAAAUUUCGAUAUGAUCCAGAUAAUAAUCUUCUUGGCCGGGCCCGUCCUGACGGCUCUUGUCUAUUUUCUCAUCAAUCUGACUUCGUUGAUGAACAAGAGCCGCGAGUUCAACCGGAUCACCGAGGUUCUGGUCCUGGAGCAGCAGCUCGAGAACAUGGUGGAAGCUGGCCUGGAGGAGAACCCCGCCGACGACGAGAUGGCGGCCAUCGGGGGCAACCUGAUUGCCAACUACCGGGUCGACGUGAUCGACCAGUUUAAGAAGGAGGCCGGAAAGUAACCCCGAAAAAGAAAUAGCUGGAAAGUGAAGCUGGAGGCCCAGGACCCGAUCCCUCAGGUAGCAUCCGCCCAUCCAGCUCUUUGCAUCGGAUUUUGUAUAUAAAAUAAAAAUGUAUUGGGAAAUACAA